AGGCAGCAGCUUGUGCGGCCCAGGGCAGGGUGUUUCGGUAAUUGGGACGGUCGGUGUCGGACUGGAAGCUCCCGGAAGGAGGUUAGCUGAAGAACGCGGGGGUAGGAAGCAGGAACUUCGGGGGGAGAAACUUCCUUCCUAGGCGUUAGGAGAGGGCGUGCAGAAAGUAUAAACCCCUUAUGUUUACCGGACCGUAUGACGCUAACAUAACGUUUGUUCGGAACCCCAGCACCUUGCCUGUCGGCUUUGGUGGCAUGUAGGAUCUUGCCUGUAGACGGGAAGAGCCUUCGCUUCAACUUCAUCAUGGGUCCCUGCUUGCCUGGUGAGCUUGUAUACUGCAGCUGUUAACAGGGGAAGUACCUGCUUUCUGUGCUUGUCCCGCCUGCCCGAGGUGAAAAAGAAAACUGUCUCAUCAAAGAGCAAAGAUGCAGAGCACUUCAAAUUACCUCUGGCUGUUGUCUGACAUUCUAGGACAGGGAGCUACUGCAAAUGUUUUCCGGGGACGACAUAAGAAAACUGGGGAUUUAUACGCUGUCAAAGUAUUUAACAGUAUAAGUUUCCUUCGUCCUGUGGAUGUUCAGAUGCGAGAGUUUGAAGUAUUGAAGAAACUAAAUCAUAAGAACAUUGUCAAAUUGUUUGCCAUCGAAGAAGAGACAACAACUAGACACAAAGUACUAGUUAUGGAAUUUUGUCCAUGUGGGAGUUUGUAUACAGUUUUAGAGGAGCCGUCUAAUGCCUUUGGUUUGCCAGAGUCUGAGUUCUUAAUUGUUUUGAGAGAUGUGGUGGCUGGAAUGAAUCAUCUCCGGGAGAAUGGAAUAGUGCACCGUGACAUCAAACCAGGCAAUAUAAUGCGUGUUAUAGGUGAAGAUGGUCAGUCUGUUUACAAACUUACAGACUUUGGUGCUGCAAGAGAACUUGAAGAUGAUGAACAAUUUGUUUCUCUCUAUGGCACAGAAGAGUAUUUACAUCCUGAUAUGUAUGAGCGAGCAGUUUUGAGGAAAGAACAUCAGAAAAAGUACGGAGCAACAGUUGAUCUAUGGAGCAUAGGGGUGACCUUUUACCAUGCUGCAACAGGGAGUUUGCCUUUCCGACCUUUUGAAGGACCUCGUAGAAACAAGGAAGUGAUGUAUAAAAUAAUCACUGGAAAGCCUUCUGGUGCUAUUUCUGGAAUACAGAAAGCAGAAAAUGGACCAAUUGAAUGGAGUUGGGAGAUGCCUGUUUCUUGUAGUCUUUCAAAGGGUCUGCAAGUACUGCUCACACCUGUCCUUGCAAAUAUUCUUGAAGCAGACCAGGAAAAAUGCUGGGGGUUUGACCAGUUCUUUGCAGAGACGAGUGACGUACUGCACCGAAUAAUAAUCCACAUCUUUUCACUACAGCAGAUGACCUUGCACAAAGUUUAUAUUCACAGUUAUAAUACAGCUGCUAUAUUUCAUGAGUUGGUCUACAAACAGACAAAAAUACCAUCUCAGAGUCAAGAACUGGUAUAUGAAGGUCGGCGUUUAAUACUAGAGCCUGGCAGAUUGGCACAGCACUUCCCCAGAACAACUGAGGAGAAUCCUAUCUUUGUAGUAAGCAGGGAGGCUGUGAACAUUGUCGGAUUAAUCUAUGAAGAAGUUUUACUUCCUAAAGUACAUCAACGUUAUGAUUUGGAUGGGGAUGCCAGUAUGGCUAAAGCAGUGACGGGUAUCGUAUGUUAUGCCUGUAGAGUUGCCAGUUCUUUGCUACUUUACCAGGAGCUGAUGCGAAAAGGAAUACGAUGGCUGAUUGAAAUAAUCAAGGAUGAUUACAAUGAAAUGGUUCAUAAAAAGACAGAGGUUGUCAUCAGGCUGGAUUUCUGCAGCAGAAACAUUGAGAAAGCUGAGAAAAUAUAUGAGAAUUUGAUGCAGAUCAACUUGGAAGCAUCAGAAGUGGAUGAAAUUUCAGAGAUACACACAAAACUGUUGCGUCUCUCCAGCUCUCAGGGCACAAUAGAAACUAGUCUUCAAGAUAUCAAAACCAAACUUUCUCCUGGUGGCUUACUGGCUGACACCUGGGCAAACCAGGAAGGCAUGCAUCCGAAAGACAGAAAUCCAGAAAGGCUGCAGGCGCUGCUAUGUUCCAUCACAGAUAUUUAUUAUCAGUUCAAAAAAGACAAAGCAGAACGAAGGCUUCCUUAUAAUGAAGAACAAAUUCACAAGUUUGACAAGCAGAAGCUGUAUUUGCAUGCUACAAAAGCCAUAGCUUUAUUCAAAGAUGAAUGUGUCAGCAAGUAUGAUACAUUUUUGGACAAGGCUGAGGACUGGACAAGGAAAAUGCUUCACACAAGGAAGCAGUUACUGGCUCUCACCAACCAGUGUUUCGAUAUCGAAGAGGAGGUAUCUAAAUACCAGGAUUAUAUAAAUGAGUUACAGGAUGCUCUGCCACAGAAAAUGUUUGCAGCUUCCAGUGGGAUGAAACAUACAAUGAAUACAGUCUAUCCAAGCUCAAACACAUUAGUGGAAAUGACUCUUGGUAUGAAGAAACUAAAGGAGGAAAUGGAAGGGGUUGUUAAAGAGCUGGCUGAGAACAAUCACAUUUUGGAAAGAUUUGGUGCUUUGACUAUGGAUGGUGGCCUGCGGAAUGUGGACUGUAUCUAGCUUUCAAAAGACCUGAAGAGGACUUGUAAAUUUUUUCAAAGGGAAAAAAAUACUGUUGGGACAUUUAAAGGCAGAUAAUAAACGUGUAUCCAGGGUUUUUUUCCCUCUACAACUGUAGUAUUAAAAAAAAUGUAAAUAUGUAUAAUAUGUAAAUAUAAAAGAAAUAUAUAUCUUUUUUUGGUCGAUGUUAGGAUAGAAUUACUCCCGGCAGGGAAUUUAGCCCCUUGGAGGAUCUCUGACAAAGUUGUAAAGGAAAAACCGUUGUUGAUGAAAUUGAUAUUUGUUUGCUUUGAAUAUUGCCCUAUUUUUUCAGAAUGCAAUUUAGUCUUUAUUGCAAGAGGACUUGCAGAACUCUAAACAUUAUGAAUAGUCUUAAAAGGGUGUUUUGGAUUUCCUUUAACCACCACUAUUACUUUGGAGUCUAGCUGAAUGUCUCUGAUCAUCACAGAACAUGAUGACUGUUUUAAAUGAGAUCUUUUUAAAUAAGUGUGAAUAGGGACUAAAAGCACAGAUAGGACAGAGUGGAAAUGCAUUUCUCUUUCCUUCACAUCCAAACUGUUAGUUCACUUCUACUUGAGAAAACCAAUUCACGAUAUUUUUUAAGUUUCUCUCCAUAUUUGGUGCCAUCUUGUCUAUAACUAUUUGACUGCUCUGUAUAUGGAAGUUUUGCACUCCAGGUUGUCAGACUGAAUGUAAAAAUUCCUUUUUUAGAGUACAGCAUUUUCAGAAUUUCCCUGAAAUCUUGUUGCUCACCACAAGAGAAGUGGCUUCUUAAAAUAAAAUAGCUUUUUCAGAAUCCUGUUUGCAGGCAUAAUUUUUAAAAAAGGUUAAAUCAGUAUUAGAAUUUGUGGGCAGUCUGUAGACUAGAUAGCAUCAUGCCUCAGUGGUAACUGAAUAUUGGAAAAAUAAGUUACUGGUCUAGGUCUUGAAAAGGGACCACACCCACUGCUGACUCAUGACUGAGAUCAAACUUAGGCGGAAAAUUUAGUAAGACUUAUUUUCCACUAUCAGUAGUUACUACUUUCAGUACUAUGUGAUCAGGCUGCAGAGAGGCAGAAUGAAAUGGUCUGCUCAAAAAUAUGUAGGAGAGGAGAAAGAGAAGAGGAAAACAAACAAACAAAAACUGGGAAAACAUCCCUCACUUUGUUUGGGUACUACAGGUGUACUUCUUUGUUUCAGACGAAGAGCAUGCAAAUAUUGCAGGACUCAUUCUUUCCUUGUGGAAACCUGGCCAUGGAUGUUCAAUGCUGUCCAAUAGCACUUUUAAUUGCUAUAUUAUAUCUGUAAGAAGAGCUGGACCAACUAUAUUUAGAAUUUUCCAUAAUUAAUGGUGAAACAUUUAAGUAUAAACUAAACAGUGGUAACCUGUGAUAGCAUCUGAUAGUUUUGUGAUGCUUAUUCCCUGCUUAUCUGUCCAGGUCAGACUACAAAACAUUUCCAUUGCAUUUUUUUUUUUUAAAUAUUUGAAUAGAAACUUACAAAAUUUAUAAUUGAUUCUUUCAUUGUUAAAAGAAGAGGAAAUUCUCUGCCUUGAUGUCCAAGACCUGCUUUCCAGUGUUCUUGGUGAGAAUCAAAUAUUAAAAGGGAAUUCAGAUAUUUUUACACCCAUGUGAGCAGCUGCUUUCUUUGCAAGCUUUGUCACCCCAAAAAUCUAGCUAUGCAAAGGGAGUGCAACAGUUUGUUACAUAUUCCUCCUUGGUUAGCCAUGGCAUUCUUAACUGUUUGUUUUAAAAUACCGGAAUCAUGUCUAACUGGAAUGUUUUAAUGCCUGCUUGUACACUUGUUUAUUCACAUCCACAGUCUCACUGAGUGUCAGUAAAACACAUGCGUAAGUGUUAAAAGAAUUGGGCUCUCAAACUGUGCAUAAAUGGUAUUUUUUCCAAUAUUAUGUCUGUAACCCUUCAUUGUUUCAAAGGUUCUUAAUUUUGAAAGAAAAAUGUUAGUUGGAGUAUAUAAUUUUCAACUUCAAUAUACUGAAGCAGUCUGAAAAAGAAAGUUAAUUGUAGUAACAAUAUAGUCUGUAUAUUGAAUUAUGUGCGGCAUUCUUUUACAUGGUUGAAAAUGUUUUGUUAUAUUUUAUGUUAAUUUUAAACAUUGCUGGUUUUAGUGUUGCUAAAUACAUCAGUGAUCUUGUUAAAAUUUCUUUUUCUAAAGCAAUUUUAACUAAGCAGUAGCUAAGGAACUUGAAGUAAUCAGUUCAUAAUCGACUGAUUACGUUCUUAUGAAGCAAGUAUAUUUUUCAAGUCAAAGCAUAGCGUAUAGUACCAUGAAUUUUUGGCUCAAACUAAGUGUCCUGAUACUACCAGUCAUGCUACCAAUUUGCCAAAAGAAGUAAUAGAAAGUAAUAUAUGGUUCUUCCUCCUGAAGCUGCUUUACUGUUUUGGGGGGUUUAGCUUAGUAUAUUAAUUAUCUGUUACUUGAACAACCUGUCUUCAUAUGAAUUGUGAAAAUGCAUGAAUGAAUGACUUAAUGGCAUAAAUACAUCAUCAAACA